UUGGAUCUAAACAGAACAUCGGUCUUUCAUAGCCCUUUUGGAUUUCUUAAUCUCCAGACAAUGCUGCUGGAUGAAUAUCAAGAGAGACUCUUCGUGGGAGGCAAGGAUCUUGUAUAUUCCCUCAGCUUAGAACACAUCAGCAGUGGCUAUAGAGAGAUACACUGGCCAAGUACAGCACAAAAAACAGAAGAAUGCAUAAUGAAAGGAAAUGAUGCUAAUGAAUGUGCAAAUUAUGUUCGGGUUUUGCAUCACUAUAACAGAACACAUCUACUGACCUGCGGGACAGGAGCUUUUGACCCACUCUGUGCCUUCAUCAGAGUUGGAUACCAUUUGGAGGCUCCCCUUUUUCACCUGGAAUCGCACAGAUCUGAGAGAGGAAGGGGCAGAUGUCCCUUUGAUCCCAGCUCCUCCUUCAUCUCCACUUUAAUAGGUAGCGAAUUGUUUACCGGACUCUAUAGUGACUAUUGGGGCAGAGAUGCUGCCAUCUUCAGGAGCCUGGGCCGACUGGCUCAGAUCCGCACUGAGCAUGAUGAUGAGCGCCUGUUGAAAGAACCAAAAUUUGUAGGUUCUUAUAUGAUCCCUGACAAUGAAGACCGAGAUGACAACAAAGUGUAUUUCUUUUUCACGGAGAAAGCCCUGGAGGCAGAAAACAGUGCCCAUGCAAUUUAUACCAGAGUGGGGCGACUCUGUGUGAAUGAUAUGGGAGGACAGAGAAUCCUGGUGAAUAAGUGGAGCACUUUCCUGAAAGCUCGACUGGUUUGCUCAGUACCGGGCAUGAAUGGGAUUGAUACAUAUUUUGAUGAAUUAGAGGAUGUGUUCUUGCUGCAUACCAGAGAUCAUAAGAACCCAGUGAUAUUUGGACUCUUCAACACUACCAGUAAUAUUUUUAGAGGCCAUGCUAUAUGUGUUUAUCACAUGUCUAGCAUCCGGGCAGCCUUUAAUGGACCAUAUGCACAUAAGGAAGGACCUGAAUACCACUGGUCGCUCUAUGAAGGAAAAGUACCUUAUCCAAGACCUGGAUCUUGUGCCAGCAAGGUGAACGGAGGGAGGUAUGAGACCACCAAAGACUAUCCCGAUGAUGCCAUCCGAUUUGCUCGAAGCCAUCCACUUAUGUACCAGCCCAUAAGACCUGCCCAUAAAAAGCCAAUACUAGUGAAAACAGAUGGAAAGUAUAACCUGAAGCAAAUAGCGGUGGAUCGAGUAGAAGCUGAGGAUGGCCAAUAUGAUGUCUUGUUCAUUGGGACAGAUAAUGGAAUUGUGCUGAAAGUGAUCACGAUUUACAACCAAGAAACAGAAUCAAUGGAAGAAGUAAUUCUAGAAGAACUUCAGAUAUUCAAGGAUCCAGUUCCUAUUAUUUCUAUGGAGAUUUCAUCAAAGAGACAACAGCUCUAUAUUGGAUCUGCUUCUGCUGUGGCCCAAGUCCGAUUCCACCAGUGUGACAUGUACGGAAGUGCCUGUGCAGACUGCUGCCUGGCUCGAGACCCUUACUGCGCCUGGGAUGGCAUCUCCUGCUCUCGGUAUUACCCGACAGGCACACAUGCAAAACGGCGGUUCCGCAGACAAGAUGUUCGGCAUGGGAAUGCAGCUCAGCAGUGCCUUGGGCAGCAGUUUGUCGGGGAUGCUUUGGAUAAAACUGAAGAGAGAUUGGCCUAUGGCAUAGAGAAUAACAGUACUUUGCUGGAAUGUACCCCACGAUCUUUACAAGCAAAAGUUAUCUGGUUUGUACAGAAAGGACGUGAUGCAAGAAAAGAGGAGGUGAAGACAGAUGAUAGAGUGGUUAAGAUGGACCUUGGUUUACUCUUCCUAAGAGUACGCAGAAUGGAUGCUGGGACCUAUUUUUGCCAGACAGUAGAGCAUAGUUUUGUUCAUACAAUCCGUAAAAUCACCCUGGAGGUAGUGGAAGAGGAGAGAGUGGAGGAGAUGUUUAACAAAGACUUUGAAGAGGAUAGACUUCAUAAGAUGCCUUGUCCAGCUCAGAGCAUCAUCCCACGUGGGACAAAACCAUGGUACAAGGAAUUCUUGCAGCUGAUUGGUUAUAGCAACUUCCAGAGAGUGGAAGAAUACUGUGAAAAGGUAUGGUGCACAGAUAAGAAGAGAAAAAAGCUUAAAAUGUCCCCGUCCAAGUGGAAGUAUGCCAACCCACAGGAAAAGAAGCUCCGUCCCAAAACUGAGCACUAUCGCCUGCCAAGGCACGCUCUGGACUCCUGAUGGGGUGAAACCUUCUACUGGCUUCUGAAAAAUUUAUAUUUAGAAACUAAAAAAAAAAAAAGAGAGAGAGAAACCAUAUACUUUCUUUGCAUUGCUUAAAAAGAGUUUUCUGUAAUAUAGAAAGGACUAUAGAGGUGAUAUCAUAAAUUGUUCUAUAUACUCAUUUGACAGGUUAACCUCUCAUAAAAUUAACUAAUUUUUUUUAAAACCAUGGAUUUCUCAAUGAUUUCACAUUCUGUUUAUCAAAAGAUGACCAUAGCUGUAGCUUUGAGUAGUUGGCUGCUUUUCCAUGGCAGUUAUUAUUUUACUCUUAAGAUUAAUGCAAUAUUGCUGAAAAAUUAGAUAUUUUCAUAAUCAUGGCAAAAAUAAAUGUUUUAAUCUUUAUGAAUUUUGCCUUUCCACCACAAUGUAAAAUAUGUAGAUUAUCACAUACUUUAACAUUCUCAUGUGAACCAUCUGUACUCUUUUAAAUAUUAAUGUAGUAGUGUUGUGUCUAAGCCAUGAGCUUUAUGAAGCAGGUCUGUUGUAAUUAUUGUAAACUAUGAAAGAAAAAUUGUGGUCACUUUGAGGCUUGUGUCCUUCCUAAACCGUUCAAUAAUAAACCACAUUCACAAUAGUUCUGUUUCAGAAGGAAAACACAUUCUUUGAAUUUCACUCCAGGGCAGAAAGAAGAAAGUUAAUAUAACAUCUCAAAGACAGCAAAGAAUGUCAAGACAGAUGGAGUGACAGAAAACAUUUUUGCUGCCCUCUUGUGGUAGAAUGGGUAUAUUCUCACUUCUUUUUUUAAUUCUAUGGAUUGUCCAGUAAAGAUUAGAACCACUUUUUCAGUCAACACAUCUAGGUCAUUUUCAGGGAAAAAAAAAAACUAAAGUAAAAAUGUGAUUCUUAUAAUACAAUGUUUAUGAAUAAUUUAUUACCUCACAAACCAAAAAUGAAGUUAUUAAAGCACUGAAGCCCUAUUAAAACUUAUAUUGUAAAGAUUAUUUAAAAAAAUAAUCUUCCCAGAAAUCUAAAAGCUAUUCCAAGAAACAUGUUUUAUUUUUAAAAAAGUAAAAUAUUCUGCACUCAGAUAUCAAUAUUUCCUUUUAAUUUUAUAUUAAAUAGGGAAGUUGUUUCAUGAGGUUCAAUUAACUACCAUGAUGUUUAGAGCAUUUUUACUUGUUUCUUAUAAAUAUUAUCAGAGGUUUUUAUAUUUGAAAAUGAUUAUUUCCUGAAGUUUUUUCUCUUAUUUUAUUUAGCUGUUAAUUUUCUGAAGUGUGAAAUUCUGAGAGUUUUCAUUUAACUAAAACUGAAUGCAAGUGAAUUACACAUAAUAAUUAUGAAUAUUUAUUUAAAUUUAAGUUUGAAUGACAUUAUUCUCAGUUUUCAAAAUUAGCUUAUAGGCUAUAGUUGAUAAUGUGAUGUUUUGCAAUUUCAUUCAAGAAUUAAUAAAUUUAAGAAAGUUUGGAAAGUUCAUUAAAUAAGUUGCCAAGCUCCAAAAGUCCUAAAGGAAACAAAUAUAUUAGAAAUUAACAUUCUCUGAAAUGCGCAGUUGUUAUUUACCUAAAAAUCCACUGGAGGUCAUUACUGUCCAUUUCAGUAUAAGGGAAAGCUGUACGCGUUUCAAUAAAGGCCUACCCAGGGUGGAGAAAGAGAACCUUAACCCCAGACCCGAGGGUCCUUAGCAAAGUUUGUGUCUGCAGUACUCAAAGUGAACAGAUAAGGCAAAGCACCAUUGAAAAUAUUGUUCUAUUAACACAAGAGAAGGGAAGGAGGAUUUUCUCCUGUAUUCAGUUGUUUUUUUUUAAAGUAAGGCAGGUACAGUAUAAGUGGCUAUCACUUUCAUCUCAAUAACACACCCAAAAGCAGUUAAUGAGAGCAGUGAUGUUAAUAGUAAACCAAAAUAUUUUGUAGCUGAAGAAAUAAAACUGAGGAAAAUAACCUUUCUGUUAUGUAACUCUUAAGAAUUAAAUGACUCUACAACCUGUUUUAACUAAAAUGAGAUGAUUAUUUUAAUAAGACCAAAAAAAAACCUUUUUAAUAUGCUGAUAGAAGUCUGAUAAGAAAAUUUUGAGGACACAAGUUCACAAUUUAGGGAGAGGACUAAAUUUCAUAUAUACUUAUUUUUCCACCUUCUUACUUUCUGUCUGUCUGCCACCCUUUUUUCCUUCCUGUAUUCUCCCCCAUACAUGAGUGCAGGUAUACUGUCUCACAAACACACACACACACACUCACACACACUCUUUUAAGAUACUGCCUUCUCAAAAGACAAACCAGCAACCUAUGCUGUCCUGUCCUUCUUGAGAAUCUGAAACAUACCACAAAACACAUUCAGCCUUUUGUUCUGUUUGGCAUUAGAAAUCAAAUGUAGAAUCUCCUUUGAGAAAUGUGCAAACUUGGAAAAUCACAAGUGAAUUGAUCCUCUUUAUGCCCACUCAGGAAGGACACAUACUUAGUCACCUACCUUGACCCCUGCACAUUUUCCCCAGACAUCAUGCCCUCUGGGAACACAAGGUGAGAAAGAAUCAUAGCCACUCAUCCUAAGGGACAUCUCCAUGUAAGCCACUCUCCUGCUUCUUCGGAUGCCCUCUGUGGUAUUCUCUGGGAAGGGAGAGGACCUGUGAAUAGAAUGAGCUUUGGCAUAAAGUCAUGUGCACCUCAGUUUUCAGUCCUGUGUACCUGUUAAGCUAAAGAUGGAGAUUUGUUAGCUAGAAGGACUAUAACUUGAAUGGAAUUUACUUUAUGAUUUGUGAGAUCUCUUACACAUCUAGUCUUUUACAUUAAUGUUUUCUUUUGUGUUUAUACUGAAUAUUUCAGUGCAAAUUUAUGAAUUUGGAGAAACAGAUUAAAAAUAGAAGUAAACUCUAAUACAAGCUCUAGAAAAAAAAGGGAACAGAAAGUCUUUGCCUGCUAAGUAACUGGCAAUUCUAUAUACAUAUAUAUGUAUAUAUAUAUAUAUAUUAGAGUCUUUUUUCCUUCCUAAAGUUAGUUAAAUACUUAGGAGAUUUUUAUCGAGUGUUUAAUAUUUACUAUAGGGUAUAGGGUUUUGUAAAUCCUCAUAGUGAUUAUGAACAUUUGUAAAACUUGUAAAAUAGAGUAAGUCGUUUUGAGUGCUUGUGUUAAGCAUGAAUCAAACACAGCAGCUGUUGUCCUUAAAAUGCAUUGUUUUCAGCUUGACAGAUACAUUAAAAUAUUAAAAAUAAUUACCUAGCCUUAAAUAGGUAUUUGAGAUCCCAGGAAAAAGUGCCACAGUCAUGAUGACAGUAGGGAGUUGAUGUUCUUUUUCUUACCAUAGAGGAUCACGUUGAAUUACUUCUUCAAAUACAGUGCUCAUUUUUCAGGCCAACAACUGUUGCAUUUGAAUCAGAUAUAAAUAAUCGAUUUUCAAUGAACACUUUUGACUGUAGUAUGCUAUUUAAACUGGUACGUUUAUUUUUCUUGGGAAGA